GCCGCUCCCGCAACCCGGAAGUUGAUGCGCGGACGCUUUUCCCUUCGGUUUGAAAACAUGGCGUCGGAAGCAGACGCGGCCAGUGCAGCCACAACGGAACCGGACACCGGGGACGGUGAUGCUGCGUUCAGAGAACUUCCCGCCAGCGUGGACACGGAGUCACCCGGCGGCAAAGAGGGAAUGGAAGCCGCCGGCGAGGGGUCGGAGGCCGCCGACGCUCUGACGGGCUCCGGGGACGAGGAGAGCGGGCGGCAGCUGGGCGACGUGGAGCUGCAGUGUGCGCUGUGCAUGAAGUGGUUCACCGCCGACACGUUCGCCAUCGACACGGCGACCUGUCUGCCCUUCAUGACCAACUACGUGUUCCACUGCAACGUGUGCCACCACAGCGGCAACACCUACUUCCUCCGGAAACAAGCCAACCUGAAGGAGAUGUGCCUCACGGCGCUCGCCAACCUGACGUGGAGGUCCAGGACGCAGGACGAGCACCCGAAGACGAUGUUCCCCAAAGACAAGGACAUCAUCCCCUUCAUUGAUAAGUACUGGGAGUGCAUGACGACCCGCCAGAGACCCGGGAAGCUCACGUGGCCCAACAACAUCGUCAAGGCGAUGAGCAAAGAGCGGGACGUGUUCCUGGUGAAGGAGCACCCGGACCCCGGCAGCAAAGACCCGGAGGAGGAGUACCCCAAGUUCGGCCUUUUGGACCAGGACCUGGGGACCAUCGGACCCUCGUACGACUCACAGAAGCAGACCAGCGCUGCGCCCGCGGCCGGAGGCCUGAACGGUGGAUCCUCCUUCUCAGGCGCGUUGGCUCCUGGCCCCGUUAAAGGACGGGGGCCCAAACGUAAACAGCAGCAGCAACAGGAGGUUUCUGCAGCCGGAGCCACCAAGAGACCCCGAAGGUAGGAGACCCUCACACACACACGACCCCUGUUCUCGGCCCAGCGCCUCCCCCUCUCGACUGACCCACUAGAGCACCCCUUUAACAAAGACGGGUACCGCUACAUCCUGGCGGAACCGGAUCCGCACGCCCCGGACCCCGAUAAGCUGGAGCUGGACUGCUGGGCCGGCAAGCCGAUCCCCGGCGACCUGUACAGGGCGUGUCUGUACGAGCGCGUGCUGCUGGCGCUGCACGACCGAGCGCCGCAGCUGAAGAUCUCCGACGACCGCCUGACGGUGACCGGCGAGAAGGGUUACUCCAUGGUGCGCGCCUCCCACGGCAUCCGCAAGGGCUCCUGGUACUUUGAGGUCACCGUGGAGGAGAUGCCGCCGGACACGGCAGCCAGGCUCGGGUGGUCUCAGCCGCUCGGAAACCUCCAGGCGCCUCUCGGCUACGACAAGUUCAGCUACUCGUGGCGCAGCAAGAAGGGGACGCGGUUCCACCAGUCGAUCGGGAAGAGCUACUCCUCCGGCUACGGCCAGGGAGACACGCUGGGCUUCUUCAUCCAGCUGCCGGACGCCACGGAGACGGCCAAGGCGCUGCCGGACACCUACAAGGACAAGGCGCUCAUCAAGUUCAAGAGCUACCUGUACUUCGAGGAGAAGGACUACGUGGACAAAGCGGAGAAGAGCCUGAAGUCCAUGAGCUCCAGCAGGAUAAUAUUCUUUAAAAAUGGCGUGAGUCAGGGCGUCGCCUAUGACAACCUGUACGAGGGGAUGUACUUCCCCGCCAUCUCCCUCUACAAGAGCUGCACGGUUUCGGUCAACUUUGGGCCUCAUUUCAGACACGCGCCGAAAGACCUCAAGUACCAGCCGAUGAGCGACAUGGGCUCGGGCGCCGUGAUCGAGCACACGCUGGCUGACAUGCUGUUCCACGUGGAGACGGACGUGGACGGACGACGCAGCCCCCCGUGGGAGGGAUGAGCCCCCCGUCCCCCCCUGUCCCCCCACCAUCAAAUGACACAAAUGUAAAAUCAGUCCCCUGCGGCUCAGAGGACUCGUGUUUCACAGACGGGAAGUUAAAGGUUAAAAGGUGAUGAAACUAAAGGCGUAGUGUCUGUAGAGACGACCCCCCCCCCCCCCCCGAUUUGUCUCCCCGUCUCUUUUUGCUCGUUUUAUUUUACAGUUUUUUACUCCUGGUUAAAUAAAUAAAUAGUAAAUGGACAAAGUUGAGCUCUUUCAUGAAUUGUGGAUUUUAAAGUUAAAGCCUUGAUAAUUAUGUUAAACAAAUGUUAUCAAUGUGUAUUGAAGUCAAAGGAGACUAAACCAAAAUAUUACAAUACAGUACCAGUACCACAAGUCUUAAACUUGUGACUGGUACUUAAAGCAAAUUAAAUGUUCAGAAGUUGAAGAGAAAGUAUUAAUAUUAAUACAUGUUUAUUACUUUUAAGAAUUGAGGAUAAAUCUCUUACCAAAAUUGUUCCACAAUAGUAACUAAAUUGAGAAAUGGUUCCCGUUCGGUACAAAGAAUUAACACCUUAUUACAAUCUGCAAAUGACUCUUGAUUUAUUCCCUCAGUAAACGUUGUAAACAUGA